AUGAAAUUGCGCUCUUUUAAUAAACUUUUUCCCUUUGGCUUUUAUAGACUAAAAGAACUUACUCAUUAUGAUGAUAUUAAUCAAAUCCAUUCAUUUGUUUCAUGUGACUAUCUUAAGAUAAGAAAAGAUGGGAUAAGAUCGUCCACUCGAAUGCGAUCAGGGGACGAUGAGAGGUCGAAGAGACAUGAAGCAGCAAAAAUAGCAGCACUAAGACCUUUUUUUUGUUCAUAA